CUCAGUAAUAUGUCAGAUGCCCUUGCGAAUGCUGUUUGUGAACGCUGUCGAGCCCGUUUUGAUCCCACUGAACGAAUUGUAAACAGCAAUGGAGAACUGUAUCAUGAAAACUGCUUUGUCUGUGCUCAGUGCUUUCGUCAGUUUCCAGAUGGCCUCUUUUAUGAUUUUGAAGGGAGAAAAUAUUGUGAGCAUGACUUCCAGAUGCUAUUUGCACCAUGCUGUGGGGAAUGUGGUGAAUUCAUCAUUGGCCGAGUCAUCAAAGCAAUGAACAAUAAUUGGCAUCCUGAAUGCUUUUGUUGUGAACUCUGUGAUGUGGUUCUUGCUGAUUUGGGUUUUGUGAAGAACGCUGGCAGACACCUUUGUCGGCCUUGCCACAAUCGUGAGAAAGCCAAAGGCUUGGGCAAAUAUAUUUGCCAGAAAUGCCACUUGAUAAUUGAUGAACAGCCUCUUAUGUUCAGGAAUGACUCCUAUCAUCCGGAUCAUUUCAGCUGCACCCACUGUGGGAAGGAAUUGACUGCUGAUGCCAGGGAGCUGAAAGGAGAGCUCUACUGCCUGCCAUGCCAUGAUAAGAUGGGCAUUCCAAUCUGUGGGGCUUGUCGGCGGCCUAUUGAGGGUCGAGUGGUCAAUGCUCUAGGAAAACAAUGGCACGUUGAGCACUUUGUUUGUGCCAAAUGUGAGAAGCCAUUCCUAGGACACCGGCAUUAUGAGAAAAAGGGUCUGGCUUACUGUGAGACUCAUUACAAUCAGCUCUUUGGAGAUGUCUGCUACAACUGCAGCCAUGUGAUCGAGGGGGAUGUGGUAUCUGCUCUCAACAAAGCUUGGUGUGUAAACUGCUUCUCCUGUUCUACCUGCAACAUCAAGCUCACCUUGAAGAAUAAGUUUGUCGAAUUUGACAUGAAGCCAGUGUGCAAGAAAUGCUAUGAGAAGUUCCCUUUGGAGCUGAAGAAAAGGCUGAAGAAGUUGUCUGAGCUGACCUCCAAGAAAACACAACCCAAAGCUCUGGAUCUGAAUUCUGCUUAAACAGGCCUCUGCUUCCUUCACACUACACUCUUCUUCCCCAGUAGCAGUCAUCCAAGAUUGGUUAAAGGGCCCAAGACACACACAGCCUCACCAGUUGCAUCUAAUCAGCUAAAUGUUUUCUGCUCAGGUAUAGUGCACAGAGUCUGGCCUUUGGGGGGG